CACCAGGUUGCCGCCCAAAGUCCUUAGAUACAACUACUCCACACUCAGAACCGCAAUAGGCACCGCUAACAUCAGAAAGCUGCCACUGAUUCUUCUCUUAAUAUUAUCCUGGGAAUAUCCGCUUUCUUUUUUUCAAGGCCGAUUCUCGCUCAGCUCCUCUUUUCACCAUCGACGCAUACAUAUCUACCCUCCAUCCAUAACCCAUCAUGAAUCCUGAAUACGACUAUCUCUUCAAACUCCUCCUCAUUGGAGACUCCGGUGUCGGGAAGUCUUGCCUGUUGCUUCGGUUUGCCGAUGACACCUACACAGAGAGCUACAUUUCCACUAUCGGUGUAGACUUCAAAAUUAGGACUAUUGAACUGGAUGGCAAGACCGUGAAGCUUCAGAUUUGGGAUACUGCUGGUCAGGAACGCUUCCGAACCAUCACAUCAUCCUACUACCGUGGUGCACAUGGCAUAUGCGUCGUCUAUGAUGUGACCGACAUGGAUUCUUUCAACAACGUCAAGCAGUGGCUCCAGGAAAUCGACCGUUACGCGACUGAGGGUGUUAACAAGCUUCUCGUCGGUAACAAGAGUGAUAUGGAAGACAAGAAAGUUGUCGAAUAUACCGUGGCAAAGGAAUUCGCUGAUAGCUUGGGAAUUCCGUUCCUCGAGACGUCGGCAAAGAAUGCUUCGAAUGUCGAGCAAGCUUUCUUGACAAUGGCGAGACAGAUCAAGGAGCGCAUGGGUACCGCGACUGUUGACAACAAACCAAAAGUAGACGUCGGUCGGGGCCAGGGAGUGCAAUCUGGGUCGGCAGGUGGCUGCUGCUAAAUGGAAACUUGUCACCUGUUUUUCGUUACAUUUCCAUCUGGCUCAGCAUUUGAUUACAUUUAUUCCAUAUAGGAGGUCAUCUGCGGCUGUCCCCAGAUCUUUCAUUGUUGAUGUUGACGUCAGUCAAACAACACCCGUGAAAGAACCAUCUAUGGGCUCCUUAAGUUGGAAUUCCCGUCGCACUACUUUCCUCUUGCGUAUUAUGCUCUAGAUGGCCUGUCUCUUUCCUCCCCCUUUUUUUUUUUCUUUUUUCUUUUGUCUUUUUUCUUUUUUUCUUUUCUUUUCUUCUUUUUUUUUUGUCUGUUCUAAUGCUAUUAUCAGUACUCAUGUUUGUUUCUCCACAAAUUUUCUGAACUUCUUUUGCCCUUCAUGUCCUUCUUUUCCUGCUUGUUGUGUCCUUUAACUUUCUAUUUCUCACUCUGUUUUCUUCAACCACUACACUGUCUCAUGUUGGAAUUCGUUUGCGUGAUCUGUUGAAAUGAUAUAAUAGUAAAGAACACAAUGAAUAUUGAAUCUGUUCCUGAUUACUUGCCUUAAACCUCUGGAUACACGACUGCCGUAGUAUUUAAUACUAGCUUAUUCUUUUAUCAUAUGUAGCCUUUUACAUAAAAAUUUU